AUGGCGGGUCCCAGAAUUGCCUGCAUUGGUGUGAUUGGGAAGGCAGAUAAUCCUCUUCAUAUUUCCCUGUUUCCCCCGUAUUCAGACUCCACUAUCGAAUUCUCCUUCUUACUGAACUCCUGCCUCGACAUUUUCGAUAUCCGGUGCAAACAAACGUCGAUUGAUCAGGAUCUAGGCCUGUUACAUGCAAUUGACGAAAGACUUGCGGCCUAUGGAUGGUUGACAACCACGGGAGUGAAACUAUUGAUCAUUGUGGAUUUGUUCGGUCAGGAAGAGGCCAGCGCUGGAAGGCAAGCAGGCGCUGCUAUUAAUGGCUUGAGAGAUUCUGAUGUGAAGCCGGCAUUCCGCGCAUUACAGAGUGCAUAUAUCCAGCUUUUGCAGAAUCCAUUCUAUUCCCCCGACGACCACGUACCGAUUCCUGGGAAUACUUCUUUCUCCGCCUGCCAGCCAAUCUCUAACAAAAAGUUCGUUGCGGAUGUCAAACGUAUUGGGGAUUCGUGGGCUCCAGGUUCUUCUCUGUAG